UUUUGCGCAUGUGCAGUGUGGCAAGUCUGGAUCCUCAAAACGGUGGCAGCACGGUUGGAGAAUCGGUGUCUCGCGUCUCGAACGCACCGCUUCAUUCUGCACUGUGACCUGAUUUGAGGCUCUUAUCUUUUGCACCUUCGGUCCGUCCUCCUCAGACUGAUGGCGUUUGUGUUGUGAUUGUCGCCCGCGCAAAAUUGUCUUUUCGCCGGUUCUUGACGCGCGUUGCGAGCAAAGCGCACCGCCGCCGCGUUCCGUCCUUGCCAGAGGAGCGAACGAAAAAUUGUCGCAGCGAGUUGUGUUUCGCUUCCACUAAACCCGGACUGGGCCAGCCGGACAGCGACAACGACGGGACUCCACUUCUUCCGGCCAAGCCGUUGUGCGGCAAGACACCCACCCUGCAUUCCGCAGUCACCUUGUGUAGCUGCGGCGGUUUUUGGCACCGCCUUCAGGCAAACGCUUCUUUUUCGCGGAACGCGACUCCACAAUGGCCAAUCCACGUCCCCAAGGGGAGGCAACUCUCCCGUUUUCCCCGUACUUUGGCGCAUUUGCGGAAACGACGCCUCAAGAUGCCACUGAGGAUCUUCUGGUGGAACUGCGGACUCUACUGGGACACGCGCGCGUGGCGACUUGCAUGGACACGGUUGUCAAAACGCAGUGUACAUACAGCUUGGACAGUCCGUUGUCGCCGUGCGGCCUCUUUGUGAACUUGUCGACGUUCCUCGCGGCUUCGAUCGACGCGCUUCCCCUGGACUGCCUGCUUGCCAAAGAAACCAGCGGGCCGGCCCCGGCUCGCGCCCCGGAUGCCAAGCAAAUCUGCCCGCGACAGCGCUUGUAUCUCCACGUGUAUUCGAAAGUUGACGACGAACAAGCCGCGAAAAUACACCGACAACUGCAUGAGGCGAAGGGGCGUGGAACGCCCUCCGAUGAGAAGAGCCAGUCUCUCCCCCCAGAGGACGGAACAGAUAUCAGCGCUGAAGUUGGGGGAGAGGUGCAACCGCACAAACUCGCAAUCAACGUCGAGGGAGGUUUCCAGAUAGAAGAGAACAGCGGAGACGCAUGUCCUGAGGCUCUUAGCAACACGUUCGUAUACUCGCUUGCUCUGCUCCCGCCUCUGCUGACGCUCCCUCGCACGAGCUAUCGCUCUACGUACCUUUCAUCGGCCGUGGAUUGCCAAGACUCUGCAAAGAUGCAAGAAGCCUGGGAGAGGAGUGUGCUGAAGCAAGUGAAGUUCGUGAAGAUCAACGACGCACUCCCAGAAGUCCUGCGAGCAGCUUGCCAGGCUCUCAUCGAACACCGCGGCCUCGGUGGCGCCGCAGCCUCGACAGGCAUCGGUGCCUGGGAAGAAGAACUGAAGCCAAGUCGCUACGCAGAAAAUCUGGAGCAGGUGCCGAACCCGCCUCUGGUCGGGCCUACUGACUGGCGUUGUGCAGAUUGCGGGGCGACCGCCAAUCUGUGGCUGAAUCUGUCUGACGGGUAUAUUGGAUGCGGCCGAAAACUGUACGGCGUGGGAGGGGGCUGUGCAGACGGACGCGAAGGAGCUGCCAUACGUCACUUCGAGGAAACUGGUAGCAAGUAUCCGUUGAUUGUGAAGCUGGGAACGAUCACUCCUUACUCCGCUGAUGUUUACUGCUACGCGCCCGACGAGGAUUGUUCCGUCUUGGAUCCGAAGCUUCCUGAUCAUCUCGCUCACUUCGGCAUUAAUGUCCAGCAGCUGACGAAGACGGAGAAGAGCACAAAUGAACUGGCGCUCGACUGGAAUGUUCGCCACGAGUGGUCGCGCGCCAUGGAGGCCGACCGCGAGCUUCUUCCUCUUAACGGCGCUGGCUGUGUGGGGCUCCGAAAUUUAGGAAAUACGUGCUAUGUCAACGCCGUUCUCCAGGUUGUGACGUCCCUCCCGUUGAUCAGGGAGAAGUACGUGUCUCUUCUGCCUGCUCUUCUCGCGUCUUCGUCUCCGUCUGCGGUACACUCUUCGGACUUCCUUCUGCGACAAAGUUCUCUCGCCGCCGCAUUGCAGUCUCCACGCUAUCGACUGCAGCAUGCACGGAGGCGGCUCGCGAUUCUGAAAAAAGUUGCAGGCGCUGCACCAAACGCAGAAACGGUGCAGACACUUGAGAAAAAACUCGCAGAGUCGAAGGCUGGAGCUGGUCUGGCGUAUCUGGAGACGGACAGCGUGACGCCUCAGCUGUACAGACAGAUGGUGGGGACACUGCACGCAGAGUUCGCGUCUUCACAUCAGCAAGACGCAGAAGAGUUUUUCUCGUUCCUGCUCCAGUGGCUGGAAGAGCGAGACCGGGAGGCGGAGACGCGUGUGAAACAGGCGAGAGAAAAACUGGUUUCCGCGCAGCAAGGAGAGGCUACAGCCCAAGCCAUCAUCGCGGCGUCGGAGUUCUCAGAGCGCGAGGGUGCCUGCGCCGAGGAGGCGCUGAGGAAAGCAAAAAUCGAGAAACUCUUCACCUUCGCUGUCGAGCAGAGGAUCGAAUGCGCAGAAACGAAGCAAGUCCGGUACUCGUACACUCGCCAGCAGGUUCUGUCGUUGCCUGUUCCCCUCGACCCUGCAGUUCAGCAACGCUAUGAGAGAGAGCAGCGCGAACGCGAAGAGGUGGACCGUCGUUCGAAGAAGAGACAGAAGAAGGACGCGCCGGAAGACGACAAAGACCUCGAGGACCGAUCUUCUCCCGACUCCACCACCACUGUCGGGACAUCGCCUGGAGGCGAGGAAGCGUCGUGCCUGCCUCCUCCCGAGGAGCUUCCUUCGUUCACUUUUUCCGAGUGUCUCGAGAGCUUUCUUUCUUCUACACUUUUGAAGGAUUUCUACUCUUCUGCGACAGGGAAGAAAGGCGAGGCAUCUAAACAGCUGCGACUGGCCUCCUUUCCUCCCUACUUGAUUGUUCAACUCAAGCGCUUCUUUGCGGAUCAACACUGGCAAGCGAAGAAGCUCUAUUGUCCUGUCUUGGUCCCCGAAGAAUUGAGCAUAGCGGAGUCGCGGGGCUCCGGACUCAGAGAGGGCGAGGUAGUGAUGCCGGAAGAGACAAGUGCCUCGCUUCAUCCUUCCUCUGCAGCAGCGGUCACUGCCUUCGACGAAGAACUUUUAGCCACUCUUCAGUCAAUGGGAUUCUCCGAAAACGCCUGCAAGCGCGCGUGUCUAGCUGUCCAGAGCAGCAGUCCGGAUGCCUGCGUGGACUGGUUGAUGUCUCACAUGGACGACGCGGAGGUGAACAAUCCACUGCCUUCGGACUCUCCGUCAUCCUGUGUGAACGAGGAAGCUGUCGCGAUGAUUUCUUCGAUGGGAUUCACUGCAGAGCAGGCCAGAGCGGGGCUCCUCGCGGUGGGUGCCGGCGGGGACGUUUGCUCGCGAGCAGCCGACUGGCUGUUGAAUCACAUGGAGGACUUGGACGCAGCUGUGAACGCCGUGUUAGCGAAUGCCGAGAAGCCGCGGGAAGAAGAAAUGGAGGACGUCUCGACUCUGUCACCGCUGGAAAGAGUUACGCGAGACCUAGACGACGAGCCGACGGGGCUGUACAAACUCCAUGGAUUCAUCACGCACAUGGGCGUCAACGCAAAUUCCGGUCACUACGUCUGCCACGUGAAGCGCGACGGGAAGCUGGUGCUUUUCAACGACGAGAAAGUCGCAGAAGCCGUCGAACCUCCGAUCGACCUCGGAUACAUUUACGUUUUUCGCCGUGCGGAUGUACCCGAGUAGUCACCAGAAGACGCAAGAGGGAGCGCGUCCGCUUUUCCAGGCGACGGUGCUUGCAUGCACUCUUCGAGGGCUCGACUGUGACGCAUCGACGUUCGCAGACGCGCUAGAGUCCAGGGCAAGGCCAAACUUGACUCUGUGCGGACUACCACGUAAUUCCUCGAGCGACAGCAGCAGCCGUUCCAGAGUUUCGCCUCUCGUUCAAACAGUGUGCGGAGACCAUUUGGUUUGGAGAUCGGCCGACACGGCAGAAAGCGGCUUCGCGCGGUGCACGGCGUCGCCGCGAAGACCGAGGGUCGACUCGAAACGCGCGUUCGGGGCAAAAUGCCAUUUCCCCUGGUGAGCCAACCGAACGACUUUCUUAACACAGUGUGCUUUGCGGUGAACACCCGCCGCCGUUGUUUUCCUUUUGAAUUCACGCUUGCCCAACCGGAGACACCUGCCGACGAGGAGCAGUGAAAACGAGUGCUCUUCAGUGUGGAUCUUGUGCGAAAAAAGCCGUGGGGUGGAAGUGAACAUUUGUGAACUUUGUUAAAGCGAUGAAGCGUGUUUACGAAGAAUCGGGUCAGGCCGACGGGUCUGGGGGGGGAGCCCAGAUGCAAUAGAAGGAUGGCUGCUACCCCUUUACUGUUGGCACUCGUAUCGACAGCGCGAGAUUCCGCAGAUCUACUCUUUGCGUAGUUGUUCGACUCCUGCGAGGACUCCUCAACAGCGGUGACUACUUUAGAAAACGCCGAUGGGAGGCAGACAUCCAGAAGGAACAGGGCAAAAACACUACAGUUCACAGACGGGGGGAGAAUUUAUUAGUUCUGUUCACGGGUUCGCCGUUUGCCUACUCGAACCCGUAACCAGACACUGCAAAGAGUUGCUUCUGCUCACGGGAAAACGGUAAGGGUGAUGCUGAUAUUCUUCGUUUCUGGAGCAAACUCGACUGGCGGUCUUUUCGAAAGUUGUCGGAACUAACACCAUGUUUUUGAUU